AAAAAGAUGAAAUGUGAAGAUUAGAUCUAACUAUGUAAAUUUGCAUCGCGGGUUGUUUAGGCCAACGGCCUAAAGUCCACUAAAUUUCGACCCACCCUAAUAUUUAACAGAACGUCUUAUCAGCCCAAUUCUAAAUCCUUUUUCCCUGGGAGUUUGUUCUCUUUUCCCUACUCCCGCAUUCUUAAUAAAAAAUCUCCCACAUUUUUGACCUUCCUCUCUUUUCCCUCAUUCUAAACUAACUUCGAAUAUGUAGGCAACAAAAAGGUGGCAUUACGAAUGUAGUGGGAAAGGGAGAAGUAAUUACAUUUCUCAAGUUUUUGUUCCUCAUUCUUCUCGUAAGGAACAGCGCGGCAAAAUGUAAGUAUUAGAAUUAAAAUUAAAUAAUAAUUAAAAAAAAUAUCUUAUUUUAGGGCAAAGACCACAAAUAAAAGGCAAUUGGAACUAUUGGUGCAAUUAAUGGAUUCCCAACCGGGUAUUGCUCGUCGUUUCUUUAAAGGCGGCAAGGAAGAGUUGGCAAAAUUUUGGCGGUCAGAAAAAUAAAGCUGAACAGUGCAGGUCCACCAAUGAAAACUGUUGCCGAAUGGAAAAACGUACACAAGUGUACCGAUUUGUUGCAUAUUUCAAUAAAAUUUUUAUUAUAGGUGUGGGUGGACCAAAAAAAAAACAUUUUAGAAACAAGGCGGCCCAAAAUGUAAGAGCCAGGACUGGCACAGACGGGGCACCAAUCACUGAAAAGAAAUUUUCGGCGACCGAAGAGGCAAUUUACAAACUUACAAAUAUGAAGGAGUCCGUGGAGGGUAUAGUCGUGCCCAAGUUUGGGUUGCAAGCGAAACAAACUGAACUCACGAUCGAUUCAAAUGAAAUGGAUGUAUCGCAAAUUUUGCUAGACGAUCUAGAAGAACGAACGAACACGACCGCGGUAACUGAUCAUUUUGCAUGCAUCAAAGAAAUACCUACUCAAAAAUCUCCUAAAAAACAAAUUAACUCGCUGGAAUUGAUUGGUGAAGAAGCAGAAAUACAAAAGGAUUUAUGUGAGAAGGUAAGAAAAAUAUAUAAAUCAAUAGAUAGCCUUUACAGUCUACAAAAAAAAAAAACAUUUUGCUGCGAUUGAGAAAAUUGAAGAAGAUAAAUUUAAAGAAAUACAACGCCACCAUUUCUUUGAUGGAAGAACUAAGGAAAAGAGAAAUUGAAAAUAAAAUUGAAAAAAUAGACGAAUUUUGGAAAUUGAAGAGUUAAAGACU